GACGAACUGGGAUAGAUGUGACCGUGGGUCAAUGUUCUAGCUGGUGACUAUGACGGGUAGCUUUAACAGCUUACGGCCGACCUUGGCGAUGGCUGAGCUGAGAGGUAAUACUAGAAGAGGCAAGCUCGCGAGUCUAAAAGCGUGGAGGCGAGCUGAUACCUUAGCAGCACUAGUGUGGGCUUGUGAUAGCAGCAAGCUGAAGCGAUUCGUAAUAGACGAGCUCGCACAGGGAUCAGUCAUGUAUAUAACCCUCUUUCAGCUCGUCCAUCAUUCGAGGGACGUGACAGCUAAAGCCGGCGCACAUUAUGCAGGAUGGGCGUUAAGCGCCUGCCACGUGUGGGACGCUAGUUGGCGCGUCAGAAACACGCAAUUCUCUCCAGCGAAACGCUCCAGCUUGAAGACUCAGUACGCCGAAUCAACUUCGCAAUACUUUCAGGAUUCGCCGGAAACGAUGGCGUCUGAGGGAAGCACCAGUUCGAGCACUAGGGAUGAUGGUGACGACCAUCCUAUUGCGUCUUCUAGCAGCUCGUCUACUGAAGAGACACCUAGCCGUGAAGAAGGGAUGGGGGAUGUGGUGAGCAGUGUCUCAGAUCGGCUGGUGGUUGGGGAAUGGGAAGGCAUGACAAUCCCGAGCAGGUUGAGUAACCUACGAAAAGCACCGAAGGACCUGCCCGCUGGAUUCAGGUUCAAGGCUGUACUUCAUCACGAAGUAGCAGACUGUGCGCCCUCCAUAAGUGGGUAUAAAAGACUCGAGGAGAUGGUGAGGGCAUACCACAUCCCCAAGACCAUAUUGCUGCGGACAGGCGGGCAGAACGAAAGGGCGUGCACAGUGUCGCAAACGGGCUGGACACUAGUGUACGCGGACCACUUUGACGCCGGCCUGUGGUUUCCCCUGCCCGGCCUGAUAUUCGAUCUACUCGCGGAUUACGAGUUGGCGCUGACGCAGCUAACGCCCAACAGCAUAAGGUUCAUCAUAGGCUUUAUGCUGUUGUGCGCGAGAUUGGAGGUACCAGCUAAAGCGAUAGUGUUCAGGUCGCUAUUCCAGUGCCGGUUGUGUCCGAACUCACGAGGAGCGAAGUGGUACUACCUCUCUGGGAGGGAUAAGAGCCAGCUCUUCAAAAAUGUGAGGAACAAGGUGGCGAGGUGGAAGAGACAGUUUAUUUUUGUUCGCGACACUCGAGCAGAAAGGAUAAGCAACGACCUCGCUGCCCGGCUGUCUGAGUGGCGUACCCUCAACGCUCAUAUUAACUAUCCUCAGCUACUGCCCCGGGAUGUCGACCUGAAGAACCAGCUGCUCGAGUAUUCACAGAGGGAGGGUCUAAUAGAUCUAGAAGCCCUGGUUACCUCGGAGCAUCUCGCCAUGUUCGGGUUUGUCGAUGUGACAAACCUGUUCAGCGAAGGAGACAUGAGCAGCAUCUUGGAAUGCCAACGACAGCAAGCCCAAGGCUCACGAGGUUGUGCGUCGGGCAGCGCGCAACCCAGGCAGACAAGGUUUGACGAGCGGCCGCCCCCGGCGCCUCAAUCACGCGGCUCGUCACAUCGGGGAUCCAGCUCGUCGUCAAGGCCACGAGCCGAUCAUAGGGUUGAGGCUGCGGCCCCUGGUGCACGCAGACGUGCACGCGAGGAGAUAGAGAGCGAAGAGGAUGAGGUUCCCCUUGCUCGGCGCAGAAUAAGCGGGGGGACUCAGCCCGCGCAGGCGGCGCGUCCUACAACCGUGCGUUCGCUCGCUGCACCGCCAACGACUGCGCGGGCAGUAGUAGAGCCCGUCUCUACCUCAGCUUCAACGUCGGGCCCCAGGAUCGCUUAUCCUGAGGGCUUCACCUAUGUGCGGGCGGAGUGUCAGCCCGCCAUGGUGCAAGCCAUGCACAGCUUUGUGCCCCCCGCAGACAGUAAGCGGGCAAAAGCAUUUGCAUUCAGCUACGCUGUAGCACUGUCCGAGAGCGAGCAGGGGGCUCGUACAGAGAACAAUGAGCUCAGUUCCAAGUGCAAACAGUUGGCUGCUGAGAAGGCCAGCCUUGUAGACGAUGUGAAUCGUCUGCAAGGCUCUGAAAUGGCGAACCGGGCUGCGGCUGCCGAGAGCAGGGCGGAUGAGCUCGCCAACAAGAACAACGAGCUCCGGGAGGAGUUGGAGCGAGCUCGAGCUGAAAAAGAGAGCGGAAUACAGGCGGCAAAGGAUGAGGCCGCCAGGGUUGAGGAGAGGGCGAAGAAGGCUGAGACCGACAGGGACCGUGCUCAGCACGAGCUGAGCUCCCUUAGGCACCAAGUCGCCGAGGCGGAUCGAAACCUUGCUGCUGCCGUGGACGUGCUGAACGAGCUGAAGGCUUCCCAUGCACGUUCUGUCGUCAUCGCCCGGGCUCAAGGGGUGGAAUGGUUCGUUGGCUCGGCUGCGUUUCAGGACGCCGUGGCGGUGGCGUCUGCAAAUGUAACCACGGAGAUCUACAACGAGAUCCGUGGGAAAGUACUGCAACACCACCCGGACUUCCCGAUUGGCGAACUGGCAUUCUUUGACGGGGAGGACCUGAAUGAGGAGGGGAAAAGUCUCGCUCCCUUUGUCGACGCCACGGUGCGGUUGAGGUGGGACCUCAACGAGGAGGGAGUGCCUGUUUGGCCUCCUCAGGUCCUUGAGGACGGGGAGGAUCCAACGGGGCUGCCCUCGUUUGACGCAUGGGUAGAGGGUGCUCCUGUAGCUGAGCCGGAGCCUUCAACCACCCCGCCCAGCUCUCAGCCCGCUGUGGUUCCAAUCAGCUCGCAGUCAGCGCGCCAGUCUCUGAGGCCGCUGCUCGGUCUCCUCCAGCUCGCUCUCCCGCUGCUGCUGCUGAUGCAUCUAUGCCCGUCGAUCUGACGGAUGACUAGAUUUAGGGUUUUUCGUUUGUUCUUUUGUAUUUCACUUUUGCAUUUUUGUAUUUGAUCAAUGUAAUGUAUACGUACCCUCAAUGUAAACAUCUUUGAUGAAAUACAAAAAUAAGUUUUCCUCUGAAUUUUUGUUGUAUUUUCAGUAUAUCAUUGUUUACAACUGUCGAAUGACAACUUGAAUAAAAGAAUAGUAUACAG